AUGGCUUCAAUUUCAGUCGAGAAGAUCGAAACGAGACUAUUCAUCAAUGGCAAGUUUGUCGAGUCUUCGGACGGAAACACGUUUCCGUUACGGUCGCCUACCACAAGAGAAGUGAUUGCUGAAGUCCAUGAAGCAAGUGAGCAGGAUACCGAUGCUGCCGUUGCCGCUGCAAAGGUAGCAUUCCCAGCAUGGUCUGCGUUGUCGCCGGCCGAAAGAGGCGGCUAUAUGAAAAAGCUGGCUGCCUUACUACACCAAAGUGGAAAGGAGCUUUCGUAUCUCGAAGCCAUAUCUAUGGGCCGACCUAUCUCGACUUAUUUCGACAAUCAUGCUGCAGCAAGUACAUUCGAGCAUUACGCCGAAGUGGGGUACGAGGUUCAAGGUGUCAGCAGUCUCAACACUCCCGGCUUUGUCAAUAUGACGUUCAAGCAGCCAUACGGAGUAGUGGCUGCCAUCAUUCCAUGGAAUGUGCCCCUGGUGUUCUUUGCGAACAAGGCGGCUCCGGCCUUGGCAGCCGGAAAUACUGUUGUCUUGAAAAGUAGUGAGAAGGCCCCUCUGACGUCUGCCAAGGUAGCCACUUUGAUCGAGCAGGUAGGCUUUCCCCCCGGCGUCGUCAAUGUCAUAUCCGGCCACGGUCAGAAAUCGGGGGCGAUCUUGUCUUCGCACAUGGAUGUUCGAGCACUCAGCUUCACAGGAUCUUGCCGAACCGGGCGUCUCAUCCAAGCUGCCGCAGCAAAAUCCAAUCUCAAGAAUGUGAUCCUGGAGUUGGGCGGCAAAUCGCCAGCAAUUGUGUUUGAAGAUGGCGACAUCGAUAAUGCCGUGAAUGAAACCCAAAACAGUAUUCAAUGGAACAGUGGACAAGUGUGUAUGGCUAACAGCCGAAUCUAUGUCCAAGACACCAUUGCCGACCGAUUUGUGCAAGCUUUCAAAGCGAAAUUCGCUGCAGUCUCUGCCGGCGACCCUUUGGAUGCUGCUACCAAUCAUGGUCCACAAGCAGAUUCCGCUCAGUUUGAAACCGUCCACAAGUAUAUUGCCGCGGGGGCCAAGAGCGGCGAACUUGUUCUGGGCGGAUCCGCGCACGUGGCUGGCCUUACGGACACCGCAUCGAAGGGAUAUUUCGUGACUCCCACGGUCUUUCUGAGGACGCCCGAAGAUGCGGUCGUGAUGAAAGAAGAGAUUUUCGGGCCUGUGGUGAACAUCAACACGUUCAAAACGGAAGAGGAGGUCAUUGCGAAAGCAAAUGACAGCGAGUUUGGAUUGUACGCCGCGGUGUAUACCAGGGAUAUCAACAGAGCGAUGCGGUUCGCCAAAGCGCUGGAAGCAGGAACCGUUGGAGUGAACUGCACCAGUCCCACCGUCGCCCGAGACAUGCCUUUUGGUGGCUUUAAAAGCAGCGGAAUCGGCCGAGAAGGCUUUGGGUGGAGUCUGAACAACUUCUUGGAGACUAAGACGGUGUUGAUCAAAAUUCAUUGA